AGAAAGAUGCUAUAUGUUUUCAGCUGACUCUGGAGGCCAUGAAGAGUUAAUGGAGAUAAUUGAGAAUAUUGUGGAGAAAAACCAAAAGGACACAUCAGAUCUGUUGGAAGGGAAGGAGAAAAGUUUCUCUGAAGAUAAUCCAGAGCGUCUCCGGAUCGUUCUGAUUGGGAAAACUGGCAGUGGGAAGAGUUCAUCAGGAAACACCAUCCUGGGAAGAAACCAGUUUAAAUCUGGAGUUUCUCCACAGUCAGUUACUAGAAGCUGUGAGAAAGCUGAAUGUGUGAUAGACGGUCGCCAUGUUGAUGUUGUUGACACUCCUGGUCUGUUUGACACCAACUUGUCCUUGAGUCAGGUUAAUGAAGAGAUAAGGGAAUGUAUCAGUCUGGUGCAUCCAGGUCCUCAUGUCUUCCUGCUGGUUUUACCGAUCGGCAGAUUCUCUGUAGAAGACACUGAGACACUGAAACUGAUUCAGGAAGUUUUGGGAGAAAAUUAUAAGAAGUUUACCAUCGUCCUGUUUACCAGAGGAGAUACACUGGAAAAUGAUAAGAUCUCCAUUGAACAAUACAUUGAAGAUGAUUGUGAUGAUGCCUGUAAGAAUCUGAUCAGAGAGUGUGGAGGAAGAUACCAUGUGUUCAAUAACCAUCAAAUAAAGAAUCGAUCACAAGUUACUGAUCUGAUCAAAAAGAUCAACAUGAUGGAGAAUGAAGGCAAAUGCUACACCAAGGAGAUGUUAUAUGGUGUGAACAGUUGAAAGCAAAAUAAAAUCUCCUGUUUGUGCAGGAAAAAUGACCAAUAAAGUUUAUCCAGAAUCUGAUUGGUGUUAAAAUAAGAGAAAAGAAACAAAAUAAACUCCCAGAAUGCAAAGCGCUCAGCCAAUCAUUUGUUUCUGAAAAUGCAUAUUAAUACUAAUCUGUAAUAUUACUUCUCCUAAUAAUCACUGCAUUGUUUACUUAGUUAUUGGUGCUUUACUUUUAUUCUUGAUUGCUCCUUUUUACUGUUUAAUAAGCAUAUUUUUUCUUGUAGUUUAUUUUAACUUUGCUGGUCUAAUUAGUUUGUAACAAAAUUCAAAAUCAGAGAUCUGAGAAAAGAUUUAAUUUAAAAUAAAGAAAAUGUGCUCUAACUGUACAAAUCAUUUCCAUUAAUAUUUCUGAUAUUGUAUUUUCUGUUGUGUAAAAACAGCAGGUUGUUUAACUUUAGGAUUUUAAAAUACAUAUUUCAGGAAAGAAGAAAACAGACGAAGAAGACAGAACUGCUGCACAGCUCAGAGGAUGAGGAAGUUCACAUUAAAAGAUUUUCCCAUCCGUUGAUCUAGUCUGCUGUUGGAAUGCUUGCAGCAUGAAAUGUUUAACAGAAAUUAUAACCUGACCCAAACUUCAGAUCCACCAUUUACUCUCUGAAUCACUGAGGCUUGUAAUGCAAACAGAAAAUAUUUAGACUAUAGAAUUAACAACAUUUUCUUUGUGUUGUAUGAAAUACCAGAAUUUUCUUAAUGUGUUCAAAUUUUUCAUUUUCAGUUUAAUGUACUUGUUUGUUGGGGUUUGUUUUUAAAAUAAAAUUGUGAUGACCAA